AAGGAAUUCCCGCCCUAGCGCAAGGAUACAUUCUCAUCUAAACACGCAGUGGGGCUGCUGCGCGCGCCCAAGGAAUCACUCGACCUUCAGUUUCACGCAACGGUCAAUCUUCGAUGUGAGGUGAAAAUAAGCAGAUAACUUCUGUAAGACUGGUAGUGAGUGAAAUAUUAACAGUAUGUCCAACACAUGUUAAAAAACACAUCACUGAGAUUGCACGGAAGAUGGCCAUGGCUUAUCCUGAAGCAUUCAAAGAUAUUAUUGAAGGGGAAGUUGUUGGAAGUGGGUAUGAUUCAGUCAUCAAACAGCUGAUUAACAGACUGGACAAUGUGAGGAGAGGAAAGACAUCACUUUCUUUAAAGAGACAAGCAGCUGGCAACAGUGAAGAAGAUACUUUGUGUAGAAAGAAGAGACUCGAUAGCUACGGGUGUAAAAACUGGCAACCAGUGCAGCUACCAGCUAAUGAAACGCCUGACACCCAGAUAUCUGUAAAGCAGGAAAUGAAGAAAAUGAAAAAAGAACAGUUCCAUGAUGCCAAAAUUGUUGAGAAUAUGAUGAGGGCCACCUUCUUUACUCAGCGAAAAGACAUCAUAACUGGGGUUGAAACCUCUGAUCUGUUGCACGAAUGGCCAUAUUUGUUUGAAACAUCUGGCAUGAUGUCUCACUUUAAAGAGCUAACUGCGAUAGACUUUGAAGACAAAACUAUAGCAAGUAAGUGUGCUAGAGUUGUUUCAUACUUCAGAUGUACUGACAAGACAGCAAAGAUGCAGACCAUCUUCAGGGAAAUGGAAAAAUCAAGCAAGAACGUGGAUGAUAUCAACGCUGCUGGAUUUCUUCAGCUACUUCUCAAGUACUUCAGCGAGAGAGAGGACCAGAUGUUCCAUAAAGUGGAUCAAACAACCUUGCCAUCUGAAGUAGACUGUGCCAAACUUCCGAGUACACCCUGCAUAAUUGUGUGUGGAAGUUCACCUUUGACCGCAGAGAACUUCAUGUUUUCUGUUGACCAAGUCGUCGUUAACGGCCACAUCACCAUCUUCUGUGAUGCUCUGAAGUUGAUGUUUGCUUCAUAUUACUGUUUGAACAUUUCAUACCCAGUAGACCAAGGAGGAACGCUAGAGUUUGUGCAAAGGAAGUUCACCUUUGACCGCAGAGAACUUCAUGUUUUCUGUUGACCAAGUCGUCGUUAACGGCCACAUCACCAUCUUCUGUGAUGCUCUGAAGUUGAUGUUUGCUUCAUAUUACUGUUUGAACAUUUCAUACCCAGUAGACCAAGGAGGAACGCUAGAGUUUGUGCAAAGAUGCCUUUUUAAGAUGAACCCCGAGAAGGGAUCAAAAGUGGAGAAAACAACAUCAAGAAAGCAAUCAGCAGUCAGUCCAAAGGUUCUUUCACUGAUUAGCAAAAUUGCAGACUAUGAAUGGAUGGAUUAAAAACUUUUAAGUGUCAGAUCUUCCAUUGACUUAAAAUACUGAUAAUUUUCUUUCGUGGUUGAAUUAUUUGUUGCUGUCUGUACACACACACACACACACACACUCAUAUGACAGCACAUGGUUGAGAUCCCUGAUGUUAAGAUGCCGUUCGUCUGGGAGUCGUCUCUUUCUGUUCUGUGUAGAACGGAUGCUUCCUGAACUCUACAGCUACACAUACACAUCUGACUGAUGUUAUUAGUGCACUGAGGAUCAGUCUGAGGAUUGAGUUGUGAGCGUCAGAGUGUUACUUUACUAUCAUCUCUACACUAUUAGAGCAUAUAUCUGUUGUCGAGGUGAAUAAUUUCUUCACAGGUGGUUCAGUUAAAUUAAAGGACAAUUUUAGUAUAAAUUGUUGUGUUUACCAAAAUUGUUUUUACUGUGUGCUGUUGCAUUUAUGAUUUUUUUUAAAAUAUUUUUAUUCUGUUUUGGCCAUGAACAAAAUGAAUUGUAAUAUUGUUGAAGUUAUGAUUAUUGGAAAAUCAUUGAACUUGUGCUAUAAUCUUUAUACUUGUAUAUUGUUGCAGUCUUGAAUAUAGAAUAUUAAGAGUAAAUUGCAGUUUUGAACAAAAUGUAUUGGUAUGUUCUUGCAGAUAGGGCAAUAAAUUAUUAAAACACUA